AGAAGUGUUGUGGAAUAGUCAGUGUAAAUGUUGACAACAGGAAUGACGUGGAUUACAAGCCAUAGAUAAGUGACAAGAUAUAACCCACUUGACAGAGUUACAUAUGAAGUGCUAUUGAUUCAGUUUGUUUUAUAUUCUACUGAUCUUACUUGAUACUUGGAUCUACCAUGAACAUUGUGUUACUGCUGCUCCUGAUGUCUUACGGAGGUCCUGCCAUGUCAGCCAGGAUCCUUGCUGUCCUGCCAAUCCCUGCCAAGAGUCAUCACAUCCUGUUUAACGCUGUGCUGAGGACACUGGCCCAGGCAGGACAUCAGGUCGUCAGCUACAGCGGUCUACCAGCCGACCAGGAGGUGGCAAACUUAACUGUUAUUCACAUGGACAAACUCCUACCAGCUGAUAAAACAAUGACCAAAGAAACGCUGGAGAUGAUGUUAAACACGAGUCCAGUGGGAUCUACCUCACUUUUGUGGUCAAGAUCUAGCGCGUUCAUGAAGAAUCUAAAAGAUAACAAAGACUUUCAGCAGCUUCUUAAAUCAAAUGAAAAGUUUGAUUUAAUAUUUUUAGAGGCAUUAUUUGCUCAAGAAUCACUUUUUUCCCUUGGUCACAAGUUCAAAGCUCCCAUAAUCAAUCUUCAACCAUUCGGAGCUUUCAGUCUUGUAAACAGAGCUAGUGGGAAUUCUCUCAACCUUGCUUACAUUCCAGAUGUCGCUUUUCCAUCCUCAAAUCACAUGUCCUUCUAUGAGAGGACACUCAAUGCUUACUCAAUUUUGAGUACGCUGUUCAAAUACUACUUCUAUUUUAUUCCCUCGCAAGAUCAGUAUAUGAGGGAGUUGUUUAACGACUCUUCGCUACCUCCCUUGUCAGAAUUGAUGCAGAACUGGUUGGCCUUGACUUUUUCAAAUGCACAUCCUUAUGUUCACUAUGCGCAGCCGUACACCCCCAACAUCAUUCCGAUCGGUGGAAUACAUCUGGCCAAGGAGCUGAACCCACUUCCCGAGGCAAGUAUUCAGAGCUCACUGCUGAUGUUGUAG